AGUAAUUAAAAUAAAUAAUGGAUACAUUUGACUUUAGACCUUACAAAUCCUCAAUAGAAAGAACAUUUGAAUGGCAAAAGCCUCAAGAGCUUAUUUUUGAGCUAAACCCUUACCUAGAUUUUAAACCAGCUCAGAAUAUCUUCAAAAAUGGCCUCCUCUCUCAAUAUUGAGAUUGAACUGAAAGCACGAGAAAGAAUUCGAACGAAAGUUUGAAUCAAAGCUUAUGUGAGACUAAGAAAACAUCGAAGAAGUCUCGCAAAGCCAUGAUAACUGAUAGGCUGAACUUUAGCAUCAACCUCGAUUCUUUGUACACUCAGCUUGAUAUGUUUGGUUCUCUAGACUCUGUUGUAACGACUGGAAGAAAGAAGUCUGAUAGACAAGAGAAUAGAAGUCUAAGAAGAUCUUCUUACAUUGGACUAUCCAAAAAUGGACAUCAUUGGCAAGCCAUGAUUAGUAUCAACAAGAGAAAGACCUAUAUCGGUACUUAUGAGAACCAGCUCGAUGGGUCUAAAGCUUUCGAUUUCUACUCAAUCCUUGUGCAUGGCCUUGGAGCAAAAGUAAAUAACUCAUACACCAAAGAAGAAGUACUGGAAAUGAUUGAAAAAUUCAAAGACCCAGAAAAUGACAAUAACUUUUAACUUUGAC